CGGGUCUCUCCACUUCAGCUAUCGUGCGACUCCGAGACUGUCCACCUGUACUUAAAGGCCCCGAGGGGCGAGGGCCGGGCAGAAAGGGGAGAGCUGUCAAUUAGCGCACGAGACAGGAUCGGGAAGAAAUCGCCGGAGAUGGGCAGCACUCCACGACGACGGUCGUCCCCUGCGGCGGCGAGGACGGGGGUUGUGCCUCCCUUGCUUCUUCUCUUCGCCAUGCUCUUCUGGGGACGGGCGGCGGCGUACGGCGACGCUCAGGGCGCCGGCAUGACGGCGCUGCAGAAGCACGCGUCGUUCUUCGACCGCGAUGGCGACGGCAUCGUCUCCUUAUCCGAGACGUACGAUGCGUUUCGGGCCCUCGGAUUUGGGAUUGGCAUGUCCAGCAUCAGCGCUGCAUUCAUCAAUGGCGCCCUUGGCUCCAUGACCAGACCUGAAAAUGCAACGUCAUCGCGCUUGGAUAUCUACAUAGAGAACAUCCACAAGGGGAUCCAUGGAAGUGAUACAGGCUCCUAUGACGCUGAAGGAAGGUUUGUCCCUGCAAAGUUCGAUGAGAUAUUCGCCAAGCACGCGAAAACUGUCCCUGACGCUCUGACAUCAGAUGAGAUCGACGAGCUGCUCCUCGCGAACAGAGUGCCUGGUGACUACAAAGGAUGGGUCGGAGCAACGUCGGAGUGGAAGAUACUGUACAGCCUCGGCAAGGACAAGGACGGCCUCCUCCGCAAGGACGUCGCGAGAGGCGCCUACGACGGGAGCCUGUUCCACCAGUUGGUGCAGGAGAAGGCAUCUGGUGACAAGUGAGAACUGAACCGAGAGGAGCAUCUCCGUCCUCGUUUUCUUACUUACCGGUGCAAGCAGAUGCGACUAAGAUAACGACCGGACUCUGAAUAUGCCGUCAAGCAACCUGUAUUAGCUGUGUGAACAAGUGUGGACAGGUGUGAACGAAAUCUGCAGAUAUGACGAAUGGAUUUUGUUUGUUGGUAUCCUAUAUUCCUAUCAUCCUAAAAGUACGAUGGUUCUGUACGUGCAAGUGGUUGGCAAUGGAUUAGCAUAUUCGACGUU